UUCAGGUGUGUUUAUUGUUUGUGUUUGUGAUUUAAUUUAUAUAUACAUAUACAUAUGUACCUUAGUUGUUCAUAAUAUCAAAAAAUUGGAAUUAUGUUGGAAGAAAAUAAAGAUCUAAUAAUUAAAAACUUCCUUAUAUUAAUGAAAGAUUGUAAUGUUGACGUUUUAAAACAGUUGUUAGUUGACAAAGGAAUAUUUUCCCAAUCUGAAAUCAUUCAAAUUUUUUCGAGUAAUGAUGCAAGGCACAAUAAAAGGAUAUUUUUCUUCAAUAUUCAGAAGAAAGAACAAAACGCUUUUAAUGUAUUAGUAGAAUCUUUAAAGAAAACUAACCAGCAUAAUAUUGUAAAAUUAUUAGUUCCGGAAGCUAAAGGCUGCAAAACAUUUUCUCUUCCACCGGAAUCAAAUGCAGAUGAUGAUUAUUUGAAUGAAAAUAUACCGCUUCAUGUAAGCAGCGACACAACGUCUUUAACUGUUAAAGUUGUAAGAGCAAAUGAAUUUUUGGAUACUGAGGCUCAUAACAAAAAAAUUGAAUUCUAUAGUAGUAGAUCAAAGAAGAGAGGAAAAGUACUCAUUAUUAAUAACUUUGAUUAUGCAGAUAAAAAAGAGCACCCUUAUCGAAAUGGUGCCCAAGUUGAUAACGCUAAUCUUCAGGAAUUAUUUAACCAGAUGGGAGGAUGGGAAAUAAAUCUUAUAAAUAAUGCGACUGUCGAGCAAAUGGUCCAUCGAUUAAUAUUGUUUACUCAAGAUAAGGAAAAUAAACAGUAUGAUAUUUGUUUUGUAAUUAUAAUGGGCCAUGGAGAAGAGCAAUCCAAUCGGACAAUUAUAUUUGGAAUAGAUGGAAAAUUUAUUUCUUCGGAAGAUGUGCAGAAACAUUUUACAAAUGAAAAAUGCAAAAGUUUUAGAGGAAAACCAAAAGUAUUUUUAUUCCAGGUGUGCAGGGGAUCUGCACUUGAUCACACAAUCCGACAUACAGAGACUGAUUCAGCAUUACGUUCUGGUCCUUCUAGUGAUUAUCAAAAGAUAGAUAGUCAUAUUCGAACCAAAGAAGAUAUGUUAAUUGGUUUUGCAACAUUACAUGGUUUUAAAGCUCACCGAGAUCCAAAUCGUGGCUCGUGGUAUGUAGAACUUAUAUGUAAACAUUUUAUGAAUGAAGCCCGGACAUAUUCUGUAAAUUUACUGUUACAAAUGGUUGAUCAGGAUUUACGAAGAAGAAUGUCAGAAAUCGGAACAAUGCAGACAGCACCGUUUAAUAAUGAAGGCUUUAAAAAUCUAUAUUUAAAUCCAGGAAUAUAUUACGAAGAUGGUAGUUUGAAACAUUUUCAUGGUUGAAUUAUUUUAUACAUACAUUUAUUAGAUUUUAUAACAUUAAUAAUUGUUAUUUUUCAACA